AUGUUAGACAAAGCCCUUACUUAUUGUUUACAAGAAGAAACUCCUGUAUCUAUUGCUGAUAUUAUGCAAAUCUAAUAGGAUCAACAAAUAAAUCAUAAAUAACCAAGAAUUCUAGCACAACCUAUUAAAUUAGAUUUUCAAUAAUUUCAAUAAAAAUUUAUUAAGUAAUCAUCCAUUAAAGACAUGAUCAAUCAAUCAAGUUAAGAAUUCAAAUAAACACCGAAAAUUACAUAAGACUUUACUCCCUACCAAAGUGGAUGGUAAAAAAACAUACUUAACAAAUAUUAUAAUCUCAAUACAGGAAAUAAUAGCUUUUGCAACAGUAUUAAUUUAUAUACAAUAGAAACAAGAAGAAGAGCAUAUUCGAUAUAGAUGAAUACAAAGAAAGUUAAUUUAAGAAUAAGAGAUAUGUCAAUGUUUACAGAGAG